AUGGUUCCCUUCAUCGCUGACGCAGCGCUUUUGCCCAGCCCACUCCCCACCACCGAAGCCAUUGCCUUGUCUGAAGAUGUCCUCAAGGAAUACCCGGGUCGGCGCAUCGUUCGUAUUGGAGAAUUCGUCAUCAAGUAUGGCUUUUAUGUGUCAUUAAAUGAGGGCCAUACAAUGCGUUUUCUUAAACAACACUCAACAGUACCGAUCCCAGAGGUUUACGCCCUAUAUUCAACCCCAACAGAGAAUGUUCACAUGCCAACAAAUUAUAUUAUAAUGGAGAACGUGCCUGGAGAAAGCCUUCAAUCCUGCUGGUGUACUCUUGGCAGUGAAGCAAAAAAUAAGAUCACUGAUCAGCUCCGAGGUUACUUUACACAACUACGUCGUAUCCCUCAUCAGGGCUACUUUGGUGUGGUUGGAAAACGGCCAUUUGAGGAUGGAAUGUUUUGGCAACUCGACGAUACUGAGAGCAACGAUACUAACCACAAGCAGUCUUCUGGCCCCUUUGAAUCAGAGCAGCAGAUGAUAGAGGCCAUUUUAUCCAAAUAUCAUCUGGCCUAUCCUGAGUUUCGAAAGUGUGGGUUCUAUAAGCGACACUUUCCAGAGAUUGUUGGAGAUAGCGCCCCGGUAUUCAGUCAUUCAGACUUUCAGCGGAAGAAUGUUAUCAUUCGUGAGGAUGGGGUUGCUGUAUUGAUUGACUGGGAGGCAGCUGGGUGGUAUCCGGCAUUUUGGGAGUAUGCUGUUGCUCAUUUUGCCUGUGAUUGGAGGGACGAUUGGUAUAUUUGGAUCUCACGAGUGCUGGAUGAGUAUCCUAACCAUUUUGUAUGGGUUGAUACAAUUUUCCGAGAGCUUUGGUCCUAA